CGUACAAGUUCUAUGAGGACUUGGGCACAACACCGGCUCCUCCAUUAACUAACACAACUACCACUGUUAAGUUUUCAGAUAUUCUUUUCUUGAUUUUUGUCCGUCUUUUUGGUUAAUCGAAGACAGAGACAAAAGGCAAAGAUUGUAGGUUUGAUCUUAUUGCUGGGUCAUAACAUAUUUAAGACUGGACUCACCUAAUGGAUGGCUUGCAUGUAAGCUGUUUGUUCUGUGUUUUAAAAAUGGACCGAGCAAUGUUGACAUGUUUGAUGUUGAACUGAGUUUGCAAAAACAUGAACUAGCUUUUUAAAUUUUUCUAAGGACAGUAACAGGAGUGGAUUAGGUGUUACUUGGGUUACACACCUUAGUGGUGUUACCCUUACCGUGGAGCCCACUUUGAUGAUGUGUUGUAUAUCCACGCCGUCCAUACAUUUUUCCAGACCAUUUAAGGAUAUUUUUUCUUAUUUUUUAAGUUACAAAAUGGUAUAUAUCUGGAAUUAUUAGCUGAUGCUUCUUCCAUGUGGAUUUUUUGGAGUAUAUUUUUCCUUUAGUUUUUUCUUUUUAGUUUUAUGAUAGUUUGUUCUAUCAGUUCUUGAUCUAGAUUAGUUGAUUUCAUAGACACAUUUACAUCUGCUAGAUUGAGUUCCUCACCUUUGUGAGUUUUUUCUUUCACAUACUUGAUAACCCAUGUUUGAUCUGUAUGUUGGGACCUCUUUGAUUGAUAUGUAUGUAAAAUGUGGUUAGAUUAAUGAUGCACACAUACUGUUCGAUAAAAUGCUUAUGAGAGAUGUUUCCGAGAUAAAUGUGGUUCUUCUAGAAGUGUUUUCUCUUUGGCCCUUGCCAAUGUAGUUCUUUGGGUUGGGCUGCAGCUCUUGUAAUUUUUGUGCUUCCUCUUUCUUUGUCUUUUUUGUUGUUUGUUGUUCUUUUUCUUUCGGCUUUGCCAUUUUUAAUAAAGUUGUCAUCUUUCAAAAAAUAAAUAAAAUCUGCAAUUCCUUCAUUGGAUUUUAUUGCAUCAAACAACUCGCAAUUGCCUCAUGAAGACAUGAUGAUAUUAUAUUCUAGUAUUGUAAUGAUUCAUCCAUUUCAAUCAUUUAAUUCUUUCUCAAUUUUGACUGUUUUACAUAUUGUUAUAGAAACUAAAAAGGGGAGUGUUGGAGGCCUAUCCUUCUUAGAUGGCUCUGAUCAAAAUGAAGAACAAAAAUGAGGUGUAGCAGAAAACACUGAUGGUGAAGAACAUGUUGAUGGUAAUAAUGGACAGCCUGUUGAGGAAAAUGUCGAAGUAGACUACUCGAAUCUUACUGGGAGACAGAAGAAACUGUUUGAAUUGACGCUGAAGAUGGCAACUCUCUUCCAACCCAUAAAAAUAGUAGUAUCAUUAUGUGAAGUUAACAUGACUUUGUCAUUUCCUUUUACCUUAAAAUAGUAGUAUCACUAUGUGAAGUUUAAUAUGACUAUUUCUCGCCAUGGUUCUCUACUUGCAGAAUGAGGCAAGAAAGACCAACCAAAUUGCAAUGCUGGCAGAGAAAAACGAAUAGAAGCUCCUCCUGAGUCAAUAGGCGUUUCCAAACAGAAAUGGAUUGAAGAGAAGAAAAAGAAAAUUCGAAAACUUCUUGAUGCAAAUGGGUUGGAUAUGAGUAAGGCAUACAUGCUUGAUACAUGGGAGACAGCAUAGUCAAAAUAUAAAAAAUGGGAUAAGGAUCCUGCCCCGUUUGGCUGGGAUGGGGAACUGAUAUGAGCAGUCCACAUGGCAUACAUGUUGGCCUGUUAGACCGUCUUGUAAUUAUACGGACAGAAACUUAUGGUCCGGCUGACAUGAUACAGUAUGGGAUCGUAUACCAGCUUGGCAUUGCCAAUAAAAGCACCAGCAUUUCCGUCUAUUUGCUGUCUUGGAUCUAUAUGGUUGUGGCUGUUGCUAUUUAUCCGGUAAUCAUGCAUGCUCAUGACAAGUACGCUGCGAAGGAGCACAUUUACUACCGGGCAGUUAAAUUGUUUGUCAUCUGCCUUAUGACACUGGUGGUCAUCAUAUUGCUGAGAUUCACCAGUCACUUACAGAACAACCAAUUCACUGGAUCGGUUAUCUUCCUGGCUAAUCUCCCACUGUCUGAAUUCAGGCCUAUUUGUGUAAUGUCAGCUGUUUCAUUUACUUUGGGUUGGCAUCUGUAGAGUCUAUAUAGGGAUUUGGGCUGCACAAUUAAGCACAGGCCAAUUAUCAAUCAAGUACAGCGGGCAUAUCUGUAAUGUCAUCUGUUGUGGUUGCUUUGAGUGGGCUCGGUGCAAUCCAAUUAGCAUAUGCCGCAUUUCAGCAUCUCUUUAUAUUGGUUCUCUAAUUCAGCUAUCUUAUCUAUUGAUAUCUUCAAGGCAAAAUUUUCCACUAAAAACAUCUCACUAUUGUAUUUUGGGGUAAUUUUUUCA